GAAUGUAAAAGUCACAUACACUAAUGGACAUUCAAUGUCAGAAUUUUUUUAUUUUUUGGAUUAAAUUUCCAAUGACAGAUGUUCACACCAUUAUUUUGUUGAAAAGAUUUUUUUUUCACUUUUUUUUUCUUUAUGCCAUUCAUUUAGCAAUUGAAUGUGUAAAAAUCAUUCAAUCAUCCAUACCGCGAAUGAUUGAUGCAAGAAAUAACACCAUUUUAACAUUAGAUUGUUCAUAUAGUUAUGAUUCUGGUGAUGUUAAAUUAGUCAUCCGUUGGUUUCAUAAUGAUUCACCGGAACCAAUCUAUCAAUGGAUACCGGAAUCAAAUAUACGUUAUGUUGGACAAUUAAUACGGCCAUAUUUUGAUAUGAAUUUCACUAUAAAUGAUGAUCAAUAUUCAAAAUAUCGUGCAUUACGUUUAAAUAUCAUAUCAUUACGACAAGAACAAUCGAUGAUUGUGGUACCAUUAUCAUUAUCGGGUAAUUAUUCAUGUGUAAUAUCAUCGAUUGCCAAUCAGGAUAGCCGUCAAAGUCAAAUGAUAAUUUAUGUGCCUCCAAGUUUAUUUCAAUUUCAUUUUGUUGAAUCAAGUGCCGAUCAAUUUGCAUUAGAAUGUUUAGUACAAGAUGUUUAUCCAGAACCAAGAAUGAUAUUCAUACAGCAAAAAAAUUAUUCAGAAUUAUCAUCACCAUCAUCGAUAAAUGUUACUACGAUAAAUAAUUGUCAAAAUGAAAUUGUCAAUCAUCAUCAUCAUCAUUGUCUAUAUAGUGCAUGGUUUCGACGACCAAUCGAUACGAUAUUAAUGGCUGGUACAAUUUAUGAAUGUCGUAUACAACUUUAUGGUACAUUAUAUGUGCGGAAAAAACGAAUAAAAAUCAUAUUUCCAACAAAUUAUGAUCGAAAAUCCAAUCAGAUUCAAAUGUCGAAUGAAAACAACCAAUCAUCAUCAUCAUCAUCAUCAAAGAUGCUGUUGUUCAAUUUCAUCACUGUCAUCAUCAUCACCAUCAUCAUUGUUUAUAAUUUUACAUUCCAUUAUAUUUAUGGUUAAAAAAAAUUAAACAAAAAAUUUUUUUCGAAUCGAUUGAAAUUCGAAAAAAAAUUCUUUGCAUGUUGCACCCAUUUUAGUUCAGAUUCCGGUCACUGUGUGGCGCUUAUUGUGUUGUGUUUGAUGGGAAAAAAAUUUUUUUUUGUUUCAAUCACAAUUUAUCGAUAAGGAUGGCCAUCAUCCAAAGCAUCACCAUAAAAAGGAAAUUGUUCCAAUCAAUUGAUUGAUUCUAGAAAGAAUAAUUCUAGAGAGAAUAAUUUCUGAUUAAUACAAACAAUACAAAGCAAACAAACAGGUAAGACCUAUUUGUUGUUGUUAACCUAUUUUUUUUC